AAGCUAAAUUCUAGGGCUCUGAUUAGCUACCUAGUAGGGUAUAUUGCAUCAAAUAUAUGGAAAAUCUGGAUUCUAAUAAAGCAAAAAAUAAUAAUUACAAGAGAUUAUAUUUUUAAUAAAAAUUUAUUAUACAGUCAAGUUAAUGUAAAAAUUGGUGAAUUUUAUUAA